CCUUUGAUAAUUUACUCUUUUCUUUUAAAUCGUAAUGAAUAUCUCUUAGGGCAAAGCGGAAUCUUCUGUUUUGUCCCAUCAAUCUCCACUAUUAGUUACUUGAAUUUGAUAUUCAAAGUACUAAUUCUCUAGAUAGAUUGAUCACAAUGAUUGAUUCUGCUUUUGAUGAAAGUAGAAGAAGAAGAGUGUUGUAAAUAUGUCAACGAAGUUGGUGGUUGUAAAUCAGAAAUUAUUUGCAGCACUUCAACCUGCAAAAAUUUACAGUUUUUGAUCCAAGAAAUUUUGAAAAUUUAACUGUCCGCCAAAUAUCGUAUAACUACUUCAUUUACUUCUUCAUCAACAACAUCAUUAUCAUCAUCUACAAAAGGCAAACAUGCAGUUCUUUACGGCCAAAUCAUUGUUAUACGUCCGUAUUGUAUUCCUUAUUGCUUUAACUUUCUUCCUUGUUAAGGAUUCUGAAUUAAUUUUCAUGUCGGGAUUCGUUAUUCUUUUAGGUCAAGCUAUGGAGUUACCUCAUGCUAGAAUUGAUCCAAACAAUCCAUUAUUAGGAGUAUUAGCCAUUGCAUUUGGUUCAUUGGCAGUUACUGAUGUCGUUCCUUUGAUUGCUAACAACUUGGAUUAUUUCGAAUCAGUGGUUCCUGUUAGAUUAACUAUUGCCUUUGGUAUUGCUUGUUAUACAUAUUUCUUUAAAGAUUCACCUAUAAGUAAUGGAUUUGUAUUUACUUACGCGUUCUUUGAAAUUUGGCUUAAUUUCAUUAUCUUUAAUAAUUUGAGAGAUGAAAAGUAUUAUCGUGUUAAACAAUAUAUUGAAGAAAAUGCUGAAGCUAUUCGUCAAGCUCAUGAUGAUCAAGUUAGAGUAUCUUCAACUGAUGAUAGAUAUCCUCAAUGAAAUACAUGAUUAUUCAUUUUUCGAUUUAAUU